AUGAGUGUCGGAGCCAUUAGUGCACCCCCCUUCCUCACACCCCCACUCCACCCGGCCACCACUAAGCCCACGUACCUCUUUUAUUUCUCGCGCGGGGAUGAACUCCUUAAUGACAAACCUUACUAUAUCUUUUGUGGAGAACUGGCGAAAACGGAAAUAGCAAAGAGGUUAAAUGCAAUAAUUGCGCAAAUACUGCCGUUUCUCUCACAAGAUCACCAACAGCAAGUGGCCUCAGCUGUAGAAAGGGCGAAGCAGGUCACAAUGACGGAACUCAAUGCAAUUAUUGGGCAACAACGACCUGAUCUGCCAAGAUUACUACAACAAAUGCAUGCUGCCCAUCUUCCAGCUCAUGGAGCUCCGCCUUUGCCACUCCUAGGGCAAGGUGCUUUGCCCCCUGCGGGGCUACUCGGCCUAGGGGUACCUCCACAUCAUCCCCUCUCAGUGUUAGCAAAACCACCAGAUUUACACCGACCAGACGAUAAAGGAAACGAGGUGUCGUAUGUUUGCGUGCUCGACGUGUUUGCUCGCGCCGUCUCUGGGGACUAUUAA